AUGACAGAGUUUAGAGAGGAAGUCAAAAAAAUUGAAAAUAAAUAUAGUCCUAAUGAAUUAGCCGAAGUUUUUAUGACCGCCACUAAUCAUUACACGAAAGAAAAUCGUCCCCAAACUAAAGAAGUCAAAAUUAGCGGUAACGCUGAGCAGGGAAAAAUAACUUUUCAACAACUAGCCCAAACCGUCGCUAAUCAUGACGAAUUUCGUUUUUUCCCAUCUCAUCAACCUGAACCAAAAGAGGAACCAGGAAAGGAAAAAAAUGAUAAUUCUUCCCACUUGGCUAAAAAAUUAAGGCAAACCGCCCGGUUAGAAAAGUUAUCCAGCGAGGAGGAGAUAAAUGAGUUCAAAGACAAAUUAAUUAAAGAAGUUGCUAGGCAAAAAUCUGCUUCUCAAACUCCGUCAAGUCCGUCCCAAUCAGAAAGAGAAAAUAAGUUUCCUUUCUUUGCCAAAACAGCAAUAGCAGUGAUUAUUUUGGCAGCAGUGGAAAAUGGUGAUGUUUUAACUACAGUUAGUGCGGGAAGUGUCGACCUUGGUAAUAAUAAAAAAGUUACUGGCACUAAGAAGGCUACGGCCUUUAUGGCUGAAAAAGCCACCGAAGAAAUAAUUAGAAGAGCCGCCGAGUUUGGAGUUUACAAUGUAGAAAUACAAGUCAAGGGAAUUGGGGCUGGUCGAGAUUCAGUAAUAAAAAAAAUAUUAGAGCAAAAAUCUUUGAAUGUGGAAGGAUUGACUGACAGGACUCCAAAUCGUCAUGAAAUAGAAGAAAUAGUUGUCAAAAAUAAACCUCAUACUUCUUCUUUUGUUUUUCACCACCUGCCUUCGGGUAUGGGGAUAACUCUCGGUAAUUAUUUGCGUCAUUUUCUUCUGAAAUACAAUGGCGGGAUAGCGUCUUUGGGAGCAAAAAUUAGUGAUAGGAAUGGUCCAGUGGAAAGUGAAUUUAGUACCCUCGUGGGAGUGAAAGAAGUAACCAGUUAUCUCAUUAUUAAUCUAAAAAAGAUUAUUGUGGAAGAAAAGAAAAUAAAAGAAGGAAUUUUUUGCUUAGAAUUGAGUGUUGAGAAUAAAGAAAAAAAAGAAAAAGUAAUUACAGCAGGCGAUUUUCAAAAAGAUAAAGAUAUAGAAAUUAAAAAUCCUGAUCUUUAUUUGGCUACUUUGGCUGCCUCUACUGAGGAGGAACAAGAAAAAAAAUACUUUUCUGAGGAAGAAGAUGUUAUUGCUUUUGAUACUGAUUAUUCUCCAAUUAAAGGCGGAUUAGUAAACUUCAAAGUAAAUUCACAAGUAAUUAGUCAAGAAAAGACAGAAGAAGAAUUAACGCUCACUAUUACUACUAAUGGUGCUGUUGCACCAAAAAAGGCCCUCCAAGAAACUUUAGAACUAUCAAAGAGUUCUUUUAAUGCCAUCACUGAAUUGAUUAAUAGUGAAAAAAAACAAAAAUUGAUUGCUGAAACUAAAUAA